AUGAUCAAUUUCAUCAUAUUUUACGUCAUCAUACUGCUAUGCUUUGUCGAGCAAAGUUUCGCUUUGCCAAUCUCUCACACAGGUCUCGCGACACGAUCGAAGGUUGACGAAUUGGUUGGGAUAGCGGUGUCACCAUGUGUAGGCUGUGAAAAGGGUACAAGGAGAGCGGUACCAAGAAUACAAAGAAUUCGUGCUUUUGAAGAUUAUACCGUGCCACAAGGUGCAAAACGAGGCAUGUUAGACAAAGUAGGGCAUGCUGCCGAAAAAUCGGUGAAGAAAAAUUGGUUCAACGUUUUGAACGGUGUACGGAUGGCAACAAAUCUGGGCAGGCAACAUAGAAAGAAUAGUACGCCACAAGUUGCAAAUAAAUCAAAAGGUGGCGGAGGCGGAGGCGGUGCAAUGGAGGAAGGAGGCGUGGCAAAGGGUUUCAAAAGCUCAAAAGGCUCAUCUUCUUAA